CUGGCUGGCAGUGCAGUCGAGAGCAGUGCGCUGAGAGUGUUGUUAUCAGCCCUCGGGCGAACGGGCACUUGCAGGCUUCCGACCGUGUACCGUCAGUGACAGUUGCGUAGUGUACUGUGGCACGCGUGUGCUACGAAAGUCGUUCGUACUACCCACAGCGUCCCUGAUCUUGAUCGUACUGUACGAGCGGAUCUCACUUUUAAGAUACAUUGCUUGUGACGUGUACAAAAUCGAAUCAAAUGUUACGCGAGCGCGUGUGACCGUGCCUAGGAAAGCGAGCGUGUCAGUGUGUGAUCCUCACUUUGACGCUAAUUUGGCGUGGGCGAACCGCCAGCUGAUCAGCAGCACACGUUGUGUAACGAUCGUAGUGGCGGAAGAGGUUGAUUUCGCUGAAUAUGUGACUUGUGAAGUAGUGAAUUCAAUCAACCAAUCAAAGCAAAAUAAGUGAAAAAUGAAAUAAUAAUUUACCGAGUAGAAAAUUCUAUCACUUCCAACCGUUUAGAAUCGAUUCGUUUGCUAGCAGCAAAAUUAUUAAUCCCCUUGAAAACAAUGUGCAAGUGGUACGAAACUGGUGUUGCUUUAAAGCUAUGUGAGUGCCGGCAACCGAUACUCGAUGCCCGAAAUUCGUCAUCCCGAGGCUAACCCGUUUUUCUCCCCACCGCACCCUGUCUCGUGUGGGUUGUGAAGUGAAUUUUUAAUGGUUCAAUACGGUUCGAGUGUUUUGUGGAAAAUUGAAAAUCUUUGUGCGCGAUGAAUGAAACAAUGCCACCCGCAACACUGGUGCCCGACGGUUCCGGCGAGCCACCGUACGUGGACGGAGCGAACCUUACCGGACUGGUGGCGGAAAAUCCGUCGCUCGGGGUGGAAGGUUUGCUGGCGCUGGCCCUGAAUGCGAGCGGUGCGGAACGGUGCCGGCUGCAGCAACAGGCCGAGGAGCUGCUGCAGGACGUUGCCUGUCCGUCCUUCUUCGACAUGGUGUCCUGCUGGCCUCGGACACCGCCCGGCACGUUGGCCGUGCUGCCGUGCUUUGCCGAGCUCAAGGGCGUGCAGUAUGAUAGUUCGCAAAAUGCAACCCGUUUCUGUAGCCACGAUGGUACCUGGGCCAAUUACACCGACUACGACCGCUGCCAGCACAUCGACCAACCGUCCCCGCUGCCCAGCUUCGAGCCGGAAAUCGAACUGCCCACACUGAUCUACUUCGUCGGCUACUCGAUUAGCCUGGCGGCGCUCGUGCUGGCCGUUGCCGUGCUGGUGUAUUUCAAUAACUACUCUGCCCGCAGGGAUUUGCGCUGCUUGCGGAACACGAUCCACGUCAACCUGUUCCUUACCUACAUCAUGUCGUCCAGCCUCUGGAUACUGAUCCUUUCGCUGCAGAUCACCGUGAAGCUAGAGGAUGCUGGUUGCAUAUUUCUCGUAACGCUCUUUCACUACUUCAGCACAACCAACUUCUUCUGGAUGCUGGUGGAAGGUCUCUACCUUUACAUGCUGGUGGUGCAAACGUUUUCCGGUGACACGCUGCGCUUUCGGAAGUACGCCAUUAUUGGAUGGGGAGGUCCGUUAAUCUUCGUGGGUGCGUGGGCCAUCGCUAAACCAUUCUUCGGAUCAUCCGCAAAUUUGGAACAUCCUAAUAAACUCGAAAUAGAAUGCUCCUGGAUGCGUGAAUCUCACAUCGAUUGGAUCAUCCAGGGCCCGUCCUGUGCCGUGCUGGUUAUCAAUCUCAUCUUCCUGCUGCGCAUCAUGUGGGUGCUGAUCACGAAGCUCCGGUCGGCCAAUACGGUCGAAACACGCCAAUAUCGGAAAGCUUCGAAAGCGCUGCUCGUGCUGAUACCGCUGCUAGGCAUCACCUACCUCAUCGUUAUCUAUGGCCCGGACGGAGGUGUCGGCAGCCACAUAUUUGCCAUCACACGGGCCAUUCUUCUUAGCACACAGGGAUUCGUCGUAUCGCUUCUCUACUGUUUCCUCAACUCCGAGGUACGGCAAACACUGCGCCAUCAUUUCUAUCGCUGGCGGGACGAACGGAACAUCCUUUCCGGGAAGGUGAACAAUCACCACCGUAGGCCGACGUUCAGCAAGGACAAUUCACCCCGUUCGCACACCGAAAGCACACGGUUUUCCCAGUUUUCCCGACCAGAAUCGAUGAACUUUCCACUCUCCAUCCCAUGAUCGUAGACGUAUUGGUUGUUGGUCAGUUGAGCUGUAAUGGGGGAAAAACACAGUAAAAAUCAAGCUGUGAGCGACAUGCAGAGCCAAGUCUCGAUAGAGAACAGUUUUUAACGAGAUUCACUACAGAGAGAGAGAGAGAGAGAGAGAGAGAGAGAGAGAGAUAGGGCGAGAAAGAAGGAGAGUGCUAGCAAAGCCGGAGACUAAUUAAAUGAAAAUAAAAACCAAAAAGGAACAAAAAUAGCUUCAAUGUAAACAAUUUUGCGAUGUUUCUCGAUGUAAACAAAAUUGAUAGUGGCUGUAAGGUUGUACGGUGCCGACCAGAAAGACGAUGCUGGGCGUGAUAAAGUUAUUUAUUUUUUCACUCCGCACACCAAAGCUAAACGAUACAAACAGUGUGUGUUAGUGUUUUUUUUAUUGUGUCGAUGUGUGCAAGGAUGUAGACAAAAUCGAUAAAAUCAAUCCAGCAAUGCAUCGGUGUAAAGCAUUUAACGAAGAAAAAGAGGGAAAACAUUAUAAUGUAUGUUAAAAUGGACAACGAUACUGAACACAUGAAACUAUUAGAAGCUUACUCUGCCAACUUAUUGAACACAAAGCUAGAAACGUAAACCAACCAAUCUAAAUGUGUGUAACGUACACAGUACAACGGACAAAACAGAUGCAUUCAGCCGAGCAGGGAAGCUAGCUAGCGUGGCGCUGGCUAAACACAAGCGUUAUUUAUAAGAGAUGUCAUUAUGGUUUUUGGUGCACGAGAUGUCAUGUCAUGAACAUUUUUUGAAUGUAUUUUUGCUGUAAAUAGGAUACACAAAUAUAAAUGAAAUCUCGAUGUAUA